AUGUCUAAUGAUUGGUCCAAGCUUAGUCCCGAUCUUUUGCGAUCGAUCCUUGAAAGCUUAAGCUUUACUGGUUUUCAUCGAGCGAGAGCCGUUUGCUCAAACUGGUACACCGUUUCCAAGACGUGUAGGCCACGUAAGUCUCCACGUCUGUAUCCAUGGCAAAUUUUAUUCGACAAGCAUGCAACUUAUGGUCUCGAUCCCGUAGAAGACAAGAUGCACGAAUUAAGUCAUCCACUGCUUGAUUUAUCCAGUUCCUGUGUCAUGGAUAGUUGCAGCAGCUGGCUCUUGGUGGUAGAUCUCGAUCUAGAGUUCUAUCUUGUGCACGUGUUUACUGGUGAGAGGAUCUAUCUUCCAUGGAUAAAGUCAUCACUAACGCUUCCUUUUGAAGUGAGAUCGGAGUAUCUCGUGGAUCGUGCGGGCUACGUAUGCCCUGGGAACUCGGCUUGUCUUUGGAUAAGCGAGACAACACGUGAUUUCGUUGUUGCUUGGAGCUACGAAGGCUACUUGUUCUCAUACAAGGAUGGAGAUGAUUCCUGGAGACAUCAUCGUGGCAUAGAUUGUGUAUCCAUGGCUUAUAAGGACGAAAAGCUCUACUAUCUGUGUAAAACUGAUAGCUGCAUCAAGAUUCUUGAUUUCUAUGGAGGUUCCUCUGAGGAACUCAUUCAAGAAAACCCAUAUCGUAACUAUCCGAUGGAUAUGCGUAAUAGAUGGGAGAGAGUAGAUAAUAUUGAAGGCGAUCAUGAGAUGCUGAUAUAUGGUCAUGGGGUGACAAUAAGCGCACCAAUCGAAGAUACUAGUGGUUGUGGAAUCGCAAGUGAUGCAAUCUGUUUCCGUGAUGAUGAUGUUUUCCUGAGUAACGGAGAAACCAAGUGUGGUGUGUUUGAUCUUGUGAGAAGAAGAAUCAUCCCAUCAUCGCAUGUUGCGCACUUGGAGAGUUUCUGGUUUGCUCCUGCCUUCCGGGAUGUGCUUAAAGUCUUCGAUACGGAUACAAAGUGA